ACGGCAGAUGUUUCCGUUGCCUUGGUGACGUGGCGUAGGAUUUCUUGUGGCUGCUGCUUCCGCUAAGUGCACUGACGUGUUACAAAACAAAAGAUCUUAAUCACAAUGCUGGUGCAUUGCAAGCAUGCCUUUCAAUAGUCACAUCACUCUUCCAUCUGUUCCACUAUUGCAUAUUUCUUCUCUACGGGUUUGCUCAAAAGAACAGCCUCAUAAUCAAAACAUCAUGCAGAGGUGACAGUGAUUAAUGGAUUGAAGGAACAUUACAUUCCAAACAGUGCUACCUACUCACAUGGCAAGGAUUGGUUUCUCUUGCCUUCUGCCAGCAUCAUGGCACUUUGGUGUACCUCAUUCACUGGUCAAUACCUUGCAGCGCCACCGCAUGAUCUUCAUCAUGUUUUUGCUCAUCAGCCUUUUGCUACUCUUCUUGCAUAUAAUACAUACUAUAGGCACGAGCCAGCUAUUCAGAGAUCGCUAUCUAUAUAAGCAGUUGGCAAUUAUGGAAAACAUGGAAGUAACAGAUACUUCAAAUCCAAGUCUGAACUUUGGAGUGGUAAUAGACUGUGGCAGCAGCGGCUCACGUGUCUUUGUGUAUUACUGGCCACCGCACAAUGGAAACCCACAUUCACUGCUUGACAUCCGACAAAUGAGAGACCAAAACUUGAAACCUGUGGUGAAAAAGAUCAAACCAGGGAUAUCAACGCUGGCCUUGGCACCAGACAAAGCAAGUGACUAUAUCCGCCCUCUUUUGAGUUUUGCAGCAGAAUACAUUCCUAAGAAUAAACAUAAGGAGACUCCCCUGUACAUCCUGUGCACUGCUGGCAUGAGACUUCUUCCUGAAAGUCAACAGUUGGCAAUCCUUGAGGACUUGAAUACUGAUGUGCCCUUGGAGUUUGAUUUUUUAUAUUCCAGCUCUCAUGCAGAGGUGAUUUCUGGAAAACAGGAAGGUGUGUAUGCAUGGAUUGGUAUUAAUUUUGUACUUGGCCGCUUUAACCAUGCAGAAGAUGACAAAGAUGCAAUAUCAUCUGUGACGUUAGGCUUUCAAAGUCAAAGUCCAAAUAUGCGAAAAAGUACAGUUGGCAUAAUAGAUAUGGGUGGGGCUUCUCUUCAGAUUGCCUAUGAAGUGACCCCCACAGUUACAUUUAGUUCUCAUGAACAGGAGGAAGAAGCAAAGAGCCUUCUUGCUGAGUUUAAUCUUGGCUGUGAUGUUCAACAUACACAGCAUGUGUAUCGUGUGUAUGUUACAACCUUCUUGGGUUUCGGUGGAAACAUGGCUCGACAACGUUAUGAAGAUAUCAUAUUCAAUCAGACUGUAACUGAAAGCAGGAACACUGCUGAUCAGAUUGGUAUGAGCAUUUCUAAACCUUACCUGGACCCAUGCCUUCCACUUGGUCUAACAGAUACUUUGGACAGAGAUGGAAAUAAAGUUUUUCUACGAGGAAAUGGGGAUUGGCCUCAGUGUCUAGGGGCUGUAAGACCUUUGCUUAACAAGUCAGACAGUAGCAGGAAUACUUCUCUUGGUGGCAUAUACCAAGCACCUAUUGAUUUCAGUAACAGUGAGUUCUAUGGAUUUUCCGAAUUCUACUACUGCACAGAAGAUGUGCUGCGUAUUGGUGGUCGUUAUAGCAGCAGAAAAUAUUCCAGAGCAGCAACGGAGUAUUGUGGCACCCAGUGGUUAACAUUAAAACAGCGAUUGGAUCAGAAACUUUUUUCUACACAAGCGGAUAUUCAUAGACUGAAGUACCAGUGCUUCAAAUCUGCUUGGAUGUAUGAGGUGCUACAUACUGGUUUUAAGUUUCCAAAAGAUUACUCCAGCCUUAAAACUGCCCAGUUGGUAUAUGAUAAGGAGGUACAGUGGACAUUAGGUGCUAUUCUUUUUAAAACCCGAUUUCUUCCACUCAGGGAUCUUCAGCAAGAUGGUUUCAAACAAGUACAUUCCAGCUGGCUUCGCUUCUCUGUUGUCUAUAACCACUAUUUACUGUUUGCUUGCAUCCUAGUAGUGGUCCUUGCCAUCUUGCUCUAUAUCCUCCGCCUGCAACGAAUUCAUCGGCGGGAGCAUCGUUCAGCUGCCACAUUGGAUCUGCUCUGGGCUGAAGUGACAGAGCCAUUGCCUGUGUGAAUGGACACACAACAGUUUGGAGAGCAGUUGUGUGGGAGGAAAUAAUUUUAUGAGCCAGGAUGUUUUUACAUCAUCAUUUUAUAAUGAAGUAGUAGGGUCCAAAGUCAAGUUUGUUUGAGAGCUAAAUAUUUUUCCAUUAACUGUGAAUAAAAAAAGUUAAUUUCUUUCUUUGGAAUAUUCAUAAAUGAAAAACAGUAUAAAUUAAAAUUGUGAUUCAAGUGUAAUAUUGCAGUCCUCAGGGUAUAUGUAUUUUGAUGUCAAUUUGUGUGGAUAAUAGUAAAUUUGAAGAAAAAAAAAUUUAAUGAUUAAUUUAAAUAAAGUGCACAUUUUUAUAAAGUU